AAGCUCUGAUCUCCAGAAUCUGCAGUGCUCACUUUCCUUUCAAAUGCUUUUUUUGUCACUCACUCCUCAAAAGGAGAAAGUGUUACUAAUUAUGGGGUCCUGUCCCUUAUCUACUCGAUGCGUGUUGAUCUUUGCUCUUUUCAAACAAAGAUCGUAUUUUUAGAAUGAAAACAGUGUUUUCUAGACAUUCAAAGAUGUUAUGUCCGCUCCCCUUAGGUUACCUCCAAUUUCAGAAUCUUCCAUGAUUAUUAAUGAUACCACAUUAUAGUAUCGUUGAACAUGCCUGUGCAAUCUGGCCUGGUAGAUGAUUUUCUUUAAGGUGGUGGUCAUUCUUUGAAAUAUUGCUGUACAACAUUGCAAUGUUUGAUAGAACAACGUAAGUUUAUUAAAAGUCAACAUAAUAUGGUGCUCUACCUGUAGAACACAGCUUAAAGAUAUUUAACACGGCAAAAUAUUUCUCGAUUCAAACAUUCAAGGUCGGGGACACUACUCUCUAUUCAAUCCAUUGUUGAGUUUAGCUGCUUGCCUGGACCUCCAAUUUGUGAAAUAUUCUCUCUUCACGUCCGUCCUUUAAAAUCUGCACCUGCAUCCAGAGUGAGCAUCGCCCAGGCGGAAACGGUCGAAGAUCAUGCUGCCGUUGGCCAAGCUUCCCGCGUUUGACACCGAAGGUCAAUCCGCUUUCCAGAUUCUCUCUUCUCUCUCCCCCCCCCCCCCCCCCCGACAAAAAAAUCCCAAAAGAGAAAGGGCAACUAAGGAAUCAAAACAUAAAGUCUGCAUAGAAAAUGAAAGUUCGAGCUGGUGUUUGAUGUAAACCCUUGUCCGUGCGUAGUAACCGAAGUUCCAGUGACGGUCAGGGCGCGAGGCUGUUCGGUUGGUAGCGCGAGAGAACUUAAAACGGUCGUUUGUUAAACCGAGGCAUGAGCCGUGUUGUCCCGUCGAGUGAGUCGGUCGAAGAUGGAGGAAGAAAACUUUACAGAUAUGAAUACAUCGCCCGAGGACUCAAAAGAGAAAUCUGUUGAGGCUAGGGACGCGAAUAAUAUCGUUUUGAACAUCAUUCCUGAAAGCGAAGCCAGAUUGGCGACCAUUACCACGGAAGCACCCAAACCCAGACCUUUCACUUCACCGAAACCUGUGGCGAUGCGCUCUCAACGGCAUUUCUUUAACAUAUUUCGAUGGCCAGACAAAGAGGCGCGAGUGCAGACAAGUAGCUUGUUCACGCCACUGGAAUUGCAGAUGGCGGGCGGGCUGAAAUGGACGUGGGUCAGGCGGUGUGUACUUGCUGCGUUUUGGUUAACUUGGAUAAGUUUACUGGCAUCGGCUCUCGUGAUUAUUGUGCGGACACCGGAGUGUAAACUUUUACCCAGACUCAGAUGGUGGCAAAGAAAACCGAUGUAUCGUAUUGCAAUGCAGUCGUACUACGAUACGAAUGGGGAUGGAUUCGGAGAUCUGCUUGGAAUUCAACGGAAGAUAGAAUACAUUCAGAAGUUGCAUGUGGGUUCUAUUAUCAUUAUGCCCUUUAACAGCUAUAAGGCUAACUCAACUGAUUUGGCAGUUAAUGAAAGAUUUGGCCAUAUCCAGGACUUAAAAUCACUGUUAAAAACAGCUGCAAGAUCUGAAAUUAAGGUCAUUCUUGAUCUUACUCCAAAUCCUGCAUUAAUUGAUGAGUACUUUUGGGCUAACAUUGACUUCCGUGAUGGUGACAUGCUGGAGUGGUUAUUGGUAAAAAGGAAAGACACUGUUUAUGAAAUUAUGUUGUACUAAUGUUACAACCUCUAUGGAAACUGACUUUUUAAAAUAUUCAGACUUCCUGUUAUUAGCUGAAAGAAUGACAUGUCAAGUUGUCAUGUUUUUAAAAAACUAUUUUUGUGAUAUAGAAGAAAUACUGUUGACCAAACACACUUAUUUUUGUAGGAACUUGUAAAUUAAACUAUAGAAAGUGAUGUUCCUCUUUUAUGUGUAUCACCCAUCACAACAUCCAAGAAUUUCGGUCUUUAUAGCAAAUAGUCCACAAUUGUGUCCAGCUUCCAGUGGAAUCCUGUAUCCCCUUUUUUGCCUAGUAGUAACAUGGAGACACUUUCAUUAAAUUUAU